AAGUCCAAGGAAAAAAAAAAAGCCAAAACGGUGGGGCCGCUCACAAUGUUCCGGUACUCCGAGCCUCUGGACAGGCUGUUGAUGCUGGUUGGGACGAUCGCCGCAGUUGCCCAUGGAGCUGCCCUCCCUCUCAUGACCAUCAUAUUUGGGGAUAUGACAAACAGUUUUGUAAAUACAACACUUCUCUCUAUAGGAAAUAUGUCAGCAGAAGACGGAGGAAAUAUAACAGGAUCACUACAGGAACAAAUUACCACGUUUUCCUAUUACUACACCGGUCUGGGAGGAGGGUCACUGAUCGCUGCCUACGUUCAGAUCUCAUGUUGGACUCUAGCUGCUGGACGGCAGAGCAGGAAGAUCAGACAGAACUUUUUCCACGCUGUGCUGCGGCAGGAUAUCAGCUGGUUUGACAAUUGUGUCAUCUCUGAACUGGCAUCUCAGUCCAGGAAGGAUGUCUCAAAAAUAAAUGAUGGUAUCGGUGAGCAGCUCGCCAUGAUGUUUCAGUACGCCUCUACCUUCCUGGCAGGUUUUGUUAUUGGAUUUGUGAAGGGGUGGAAGCUGACUCUGGUGGUUUUGGCAGUCAGUCCACUUAUGGGGCUCUCAGCAGCUCUGUGGUCAAAGAUCCUGGCAGCGUUUACCAGUCAAGAGCUAGAAGCCUAUGCCAAAGCUGGAGCAGUGGCGGAGGAAGUCCUGGCGGCGAUCCGAACCGUCAUAGCAUUUGGUGGACAAAAUAAGGAAAUUGAAAGGUAUGAAAAGAAUUUAGAAGAUGCCAAGAACAUCGGCAUCAAAAAGGCAACCACAAGUAAUGUGUCAAUCGGCUUUGCUUACCUAACCAUAUACUCAGCCUAUGGGCUGGCAUUCUGGUAUGGGACCACCCUGGUAAUCCAUGAAGCCUUCAGCAUCGGGGAUAUAUUAACGGUGUUUUUUUCAGUCAUGUUUGCUGCCUUUAGCUUUGGUCAUGCCACCCCCAAUAUAGAAGCUUUUGCCACAGCGAGAGGAGCAGCAUACAGUGUAUUCAGGAUUAUUGAUAACGAACCGAAAAUUGACAGUUUUUCUACAGUAGGACAUAAACCUGACAAGAUAAAAGGAGAUAUUGAGUUCAGAAAUGUGAAAUUUUCUUACCCGUCUAGACCCGAUGUCCAGGUUUUGAAAGGUUUGAACUUGAAGAUCUCAAGUGGCCAGUCUGUGGCCUUAGUUGGAAGUAGUGGUUGCGGUAAAAGUACCGCAGUCCAGCUCAUUCAGCGGUUCUAUGAUCCAGAGGAAGGCUCGAUUUCACUUGAUGGACAAGAUAUCCGUAACCUCAACACUAGAUAUCUACGAGAGCUGAUUGGUGUGGUGAGCCAGGAACCGGUUCUCUUUGACACUACAAUUGCAGAGAAUAUCCUCUAUGGGCGAGAUGACGUCACAAUGAAGGAAAUUGAACAGGCCACAAAGGAAGCCAAUGCCUACAACUUCAUCAUGGGGUUACCGGAUAAAUUUGACACUCUGGUGGGGGAGAGAGGAACACAACUGAGCGGAGGUCAGAAGCAGAGGAUCGCCAUAGCACGGGCGCUGGUCCGCAACCCCAAAAUUCUUCUUCUGGAUGAGGCCACCUCUGCUCUGGACACAGAGAGUGAAGCCAAUGUCCAGACAGCUCUGGAUAAGGCCAGAACAGGCCGGACUACCAUUAUAAUCGCACAUCGCUUAUCCACAAUCAGAAAUGUGGACAGUAUUGCUGGAUUCGACAAUGGCGUCAUCACAGAGCAGGGAAGUCACAGCGAGCUCAUGAAAAGAGAAGGAAUCUACUAUAAACUUGUCAGCAUGCAGGAUCUACAGCCGAGUGAUAAAAGUGAGGAGCCUCCACCAGUCUCAUUCUUCCAGGUCCUGAAGCUAAACAAACCGGAAUGGCCAUACUUUGUGGUAGGAGUCAUCUGUGCAAUAAUCAAUGGUGGCACACGGCCCGCAUUCUCUAUUAUAUUCUCCAGGAUUAUCGGGGUAUUUGCAGGCCAGGCAGAUGAGAUUAGAUCGAAAAGCAACUUCUUCUCGUUAAUGUUUGUGGCACUUGGAGGAAUCUCCUUCGUGACCUUUUUCCUUCAGGGAUUUACUUUUGGAAAAGCAGGAGAGAUUCUUACAAAGAGACUGAGACUUCUAACGUUCAAAGCGAUGCUGAGACAGGAAAUUGGAUGGUUUGACGACUCCAAAAACAGCACUGGUGCUUUAACCACAAGACUGGCUUCUGAUGCUUCAAAGGUUCAAGGAGCUACAGGGGCCAGACUGGCAACACUCUGUCAGAACAUUGCAAACAUGGGCACUGCUCUCAUCAUAUCUUUCAUAUACGGGUGGCAGCUGACUCUUCUCCUACUGGUCAUUAUACCAAUCUUGGUAAUUUCUUCCAUCAUCAGGAUGAAGAUGUUCGCUGGGCAUGCCAAAAAAGACAAAGCAGAUUUAGAAAUGGCAGGAAAAGUUGCCCUUGAUGCCAUUGAAAACAUUCGGACAGUUGUAUCUUUAACCCGAGAGCAGAAAUUUGAAAUCCUGUUUAAAGAAAAGCUGGAAGGUCCUUACAGGAAUUCUGUCAAGAACGCACAUAUGCAAGGCUUCUCCUACGGCCUAUCUCAGGCUAUCAUGUUCUUUGCGUAUGCUUGUAGUUUCAGGUUUGGUGCCUAUUUGGUGGAGGAAGGAUACAUGACCUUUGACAAUGUGUUUCUGGUAUUUUCAGCCGUUGUGUUUGGAGCCAUGGCUUUAGGUCAAACAAGCUCCUUUGCUCCAGACUAUGCUAAAGCUAAAGUGUCAGCGGCUCAUAUAUUCAGCCUCUUGGAGAGACAGCCCCUCAUAGACAGCUACAGCACUGCUGGAAACACACCUUCACAAUGCAAUGGCAAUAUCAUGUUCAAGGGAAUUCACUUUAUCUAUCCAACCAGACCAGAUGUUGUGGUGCUGAAAGGUCUGGACAUCACUGCUGAGAAAGGAGAAACUCUGGCAUUAGUGGGUAGCAGUGGAUGCGGGAAAAGUACCACCAUCCAGCUCCUGGAAAGAUUCUAUGACCCACAUUGUGGAGAAGUGUGCAUAGAUGGUUCUGAUGUGAAGGGUAUGAGCAUUCAGUGGAUACGGGCACAGAUGGGCAUCGUUUCCCAAGAGCCCAUGCUGUUUGACCGCAGCAUAGCAGAGAACAUUGCGUAUGGAGACAACAGCCGAACAGUGAGUCAAGAAGAGAUUGAGCAAGCAGCCAAGGAGGCCAAUAUCCAGAGCUUCAUCGAGACCCUACCUGAUAAAUACAACACCCGUGUUGGAGAUAAGGGUACCCAACUGUCUGGAGGUCAGAAGCAGAGGAUCGCCAUAGCCCGAGCCCUUAUCCGGCGACCGAAAAUUCUACUGCUGGAUGAAGCCACGUCUGCUCUGGACACUGAGAGUGAAAAGGUGGUACAAGAAGCUCUGGAUAAGGCUCGGGAGGGUCGCACUUGUAUAGUGAUUGCCCACCGACUGUCCACCAUUCAGAAUGCAGACAAAAUCGCCGUCAUCCAGAACGGGAAGGUCGUAGAACAGGGGACACAUCAACAGCUGCUGCAGCUAAAAAGGGCCUAUCACUCACUGGUCACUAUACAGCUCGGUCCAACUUGA